GGAGUGAAAAUGUGGCUAUGAACAACAUACCUAUAAUGAAAUCAAAAUAAAUAAAUUUGAUUUCAGAGAGAGAAUAGCCGCUGACCAUCCAAUACUAGAAUGUAUUAUUUUAUAUGAUAAUAACAUUAUUAUUCAAAGUAAAAUACAUUUUGAUCAAUCACACACGCUCCCUUUACAGUUGACGUGAAGAGGGCGUGGCUAAAGCCACUUUAUACUACGCGCCACAUCCGUACAUCCGAUUACGUGUACGAUGACGUAAGUGCACAGGCAGACCGGAAGUGUGUUGGAUUUUCGAACACUUCCUCCUGCUCGUCUCUGCCUUGUCUUCUUCUUCUUGUUUUUAAUAAUCCCUCUAAGAGACCUAAACGCGUACCUGUGCGCGUGGAUUCUGCAGGAGGAGCACCGGGCUGUCAUGGCGGGGCUGAGGCGCGUGUAGAAGAAGCCAAACUGGACCGAAGGCACCAUGAGGUGACGUCUGUGACAUCUUGAAUUAUUCCCCCCCCCCCCCCUCCUCCACUGGGACACAUGGCGAGGAUCUCCUCCUCCUGCCUGCCGGCCUCCUGGUACUGCAGCGUGUCCCUGCUGUCUCUGGGCUGCGCCCCCAGGCAGAGGCUCCUGCUGCUGCUCCUCAUCGCCUCCGCCCUCCUCCUCCUGGGAACCUACCAGAGGCGCCUGUGGGGCCCGGCGCCGCGGCGCCCCGGCUCCCGGAUCAACAAAUACCUCUCCAUCGCAGAGUCCAUGGAGGUCACCGACGUCUCGGACCCGGCUCUGAACUACGGCGUCGUGGUGGACUGUGGCAGCAGCGGCUCUCGGGUCUUCGUGUACUACUGGCCCCCCCACAACGGGAACCCCCACACGCUGCUGGACAUCCGGCAGAUGAGGGACCACGACCGCAAGCCCGUCGUCAAGAAGAUCAAACCCGGUAUCUCCACCUUGGCGACGGCGCCGACGCAGGCCAGCGACUACCUCCACCCUCUCCUCCACUUCGCCGCCACCCACGUCCCGCGCAGCAAGCACAAGGAGACGCCGCUCUACAUCCUGUGCACCGCCGGCAUGAGGCUGCUGCCCGAGAGCCAGCAGGCGGACAUCUUGGAGGACCUGGUGACCGAUGUCCCCCUGGAGUUCAACUUCCUGUUUUCCCGCUCCCACGUGGAGGUCAUCUCCGGGAAGCAAGAAGGAGUGUACGCAUGGAUCGGCAUUAACUUCGUGUUGGGCCGCUUCGACCAUGCUGAUGAAGAAGACGCGACAGUGGAGGUGACGACGAGCGCUCAGAACCAGCAGCCAAUGAGCAGGCGCCGCACCGUGGGCAUCAUGGAUAUGGGCGGAGCCUCGCUGCAGAUUGCCUACGAGGUGCCGAGCGCCAUCACCUUCAGCUCGCCACAAGAGGAGGAGGCGGGGAAAAGCGUCCUGGCCGAGUUCAACCUGGGCUGCGACGUGGAGCACACGCAGCACGUGUACCGGGUCUACGUGGCCACCUUCCUGGGCUUCGGGGGCAACAUGGCCCGGCAGCGCUACGAGGACCGCCUGCUCAACGGCACCGCGGCAAAGAACAGGCUUCUGGCGUCGCGGACGGGCCUGAGCGAGGACCAGCCGUACCUGGACCCCUGCCUGCCCGUCAGCGCGUCCGACACCGUCGUCAGGGACAACCGCACCGUGUACCUGAGGGGCCAGGGCGACUGGGGGCGCUGCCAGGAGGCCGUGCGACCUUUCCUGGGUCUCCGCAACGGCACCAUGUCGCCCGGGGGCGUCUACCAGGCUCCCAUCAAUUUCAGCAACAGCGAGUUCUACGGCUUCUCUGAGUUCUUCUACUGCACGGAGGACGUCCUGAGGCUGGGGGGGCCGUACGACAGCCACAAGUACUCCAGGGCCGCCACGGACUUCUGCCUCACCAAGUGGUCCGUCCUGCAGCAGCGUCUGGACAGCAAGCUCUUCUCCCAGCAGGCCGACCUCAGCCGCCUCAAGUAUCAGUGCUUCAAGUCGGCCUGGAUGUACGAGGUGCUGCACUCCGGCUUCCGCUUCCCCCCUGACUACCAGAACCUGAAAACGGCCCAGCUGGUCCACGACAAGGAGGUCCAGUGGACUCUGGGAGCCAUCCUCUUCAAAACCCGAUUCCUGCCCCUCAGGGACCUGCGGCAGGAGGUGCUGAGGCAGAACCACCCCAGCUGGCUGCGCUCCUCCUUCGUCUACAACCACCACCUGUUCUCGCUGUGCAUCCUGGUGGUGCUGCUCGCCAUCCUGCUCCACAUCCUGCGCCUGCGGAGGAUCCACCAGCGCGAGCAGCGGCAGGCCGACACGCUCAACCUGCUCUGGGCCGAGGAGGGGGAGGCCCUCCUGCCCUGAGCGCCCGGGGGCGGGGGGGCUGGAGAGGUUGUUGUUGGUUGUGGCAGCUUGACACCGGGGAGACGUCCUCUGUGUCCCUCCUGGGGAGGGACGGGGAUCCACUCGGCACAGCAGGCACUCAACAACGUUCUGCUUCUUGUGUCUGAGGAAACCUUUUAAAUGAUGUUUUUAUCUUGUUAUUAUGUUGGUUAGCUGUUGGGAGCUUAGCCUCUUAGCAUGCUAACUGUCACUAAAUGUUAAUUUAGCCUCUUGUGAUUUCCAAAGGACAAUUUCACCUUUUCUUUUGUUGUGGGAAAGUUUGUAUUUUCCCGAGGAUUAUUUUCCAGAUGUGUCGUUCCCGGAGCAUCGUCAGAACAUUCCCUGAUUUGACGAUUGAACGCCAGUUGUUGGGGGGGGGGGGCAAAGAUGCCCCUUUUAGGCCGGAUUUUCACUCUCAAUGCAAUAACUUCUUGAAUAGAGAGCGUGGUUCGUAAUGUCGGACGCGGUUGCUGAAAUCGACAUUUAUGAGGGGAAAAAGCCACAAAAAAAGCAUUUAAAGCUGUAACUGAAGCCAGUUGUUUUUUCUUACGCAACAUGUACAGAUGUGCUGACUGUACAGAUGUGCAGAUGCAAAGAAAGCAUGACGAUGCAAAAGUGAGAAGCAGCAGAUGAAGCUUCCAGUCGAAUGACGCAUUGAUCCCACCGUGGGAAGGUUUUCUACAGUGUGUGUGUGUGUGUGUUCUCACACACACACACACACACACCUGUGUCUCCUGUUGGCGGAGACACUGAUGCGUCCCGACACUCACCUGUCAAACUGUCCCUGUGUGUUUGUCCUCGUCUCCUCUUCCUCAGUCCUGCAGUGUCUUCACUUUUAAAUGGUGACAGCUUUUUUUCUAUUUUUUUUUAAACCACGCAUUCCCCUCACUUGACCUUUGACCUCUCUCUGAUGGGUCGUGGUUGAGUGGGUCCUUCCAGAGCUGGGCAUGGUGCAAUGUUUAACUGUGAUGAAGGUACCUUUCUAACAUCAGUGUGAAUAGAAUCUAUUCCAGUCCAAUAAAGGAUCCUUUUCGUUAUAAAGCAUCAGCCUCGAGUUCUUUUGAGCCUGUAACUGUGUCCACUGCUUAUUGACCCGGUCCGACCUUUGGGUCCGACCCUUGGGCCCGUGACACCAUCCUCGUGUCAUCGAAGGGAGCAGUGCAGUCUGCAGACCCCCACUGAUCCAACACCUGGAAACAUCAGCACAGAACACGGGCAGCAGGUUCCUGAGGAGACGUCAGAAGGUUUAAAGCCACACGGAGACGCUUUUAUUUUAAAAAUAUACUUUUAAUACAACAGCUGCGUAUAAAUAUUAAAAUAUACAUUAUACAGGUGUACAGGACACUCACACAAAACAAAAUAUUAGGCUUCUAUUUGUACGGCACUUGUAUUUUUUUAUUUUUUUUUUGUAACUAUUUUCUUAAAGGUAACUUACGAUAAAGGUGUGUGUUA